AUGGAUAUUCCAGAACAGAACUUGCAGAACAUCCAGAAUUUUGCUGCGAAUCGUGCUGCAGCGGAGAAAGAGUCCACCAGCCAACCUCUUAGUGCAACCGCCCUGCAUGCCUAUGCGCGACGGUUAGAUGGAACCCUACGGGAGCUCCAGGAGCAAGUCCGACGCCAGGAAGAUGAGCUAAGGAAGCUUCGGGAGAUUCGCUCUCAUGGCCUCUUAGAGAGCGAAAAAGACCAAUGGGCACGUGUUUCGGAAGCACGACGAGCUAAAAGAGCCUAUGACUCAUUGCUCCAGGCUGAAGAAGAUCUUCCAGUUACAGACUCCGUUCUGCCUUCGCUCAUAGCGAUUGAAGAGACUUCCCGACUCAUUAAAGAAAGCAAAGGAUUCGUAUCAGUGACGGCGGAGAGAUUAUCUGCAGAUCGUGAGCAGCUUCGUGUCGAAGAGGCCAACUUGCGAGAUUCACGUGCGAUUGCAAAUGGACUUGGAGAACGACUCCAACGAAUUCGCAAUGCCAACGCCCGGAAGCAAGAACAGACACCCUCACAAGUAGCCCAGGAGGUGUUAAGUCAACAAAAAACGAGAAGCAAAGUACUAGAACGGGAAUUUGAGAGUCUCAGGAGCUCCUUGAACACUUUUAUCGACGAAACCUUGGCUCCGAUGCUUGCUGCAGAGAAUCUUGGCGGCCCCACGGUGGGAGAUGCCCUGGAGGUUUCCGAUACAACACUGAACGCGGGGUACACAGCUCAUGGGAAACCAAAGAAGCAGAAAGAGAAAGAGUUAGCAGAUAAUGGUGGAGGUCAGCAGAUGAUCGACAAAUUCGUUCGGCGCACAAAUGAUGGUUCAAACCUGGCAAAUAAACGAGAAGCGGCCGCAACCGAAAUGCAUGAGCUUCUAGAUUCUUUGCUGGAGGCUGGGACGUCUUAUGUGACUUUAGAACGGGACUCAGCUAUCCCACGGUUCCUUGUGAGAGCGAAAGUGGCUCAAUUUCAUCCUCGCGAUGCCCGACGCCUGCGGUUGAUAGACUUCGGUCGCUCGCUGACUGGAUAA